UGCGUGGACUGAGCCCCGGCCGCAGGCUGCCCGAGCCCGCCCUCUGCCCUGCUGCGGGCGGGAGCCCUGAGCCCGGGGCCGCGGGCCGCCGCCAACGCCGCCACGUCCUGGCCCUGCCCGAGGAGGAGGCAUGGCGGCCCCAGCAGUGCGCCCUGCUCGAGGCCGACGCCUCGGACGAGGCGGGCAUGCUGCCGGCCUCCCCGCGCGCCGCCGCCGGCUUCGACAACUUCUUCCCGGUGCAGGAGGUCGAGGGCCCGGGCUGGGAGGGCGGCUCCAGCCCCUUCCUGCCGGUGAGCCCCGAGGUGAUGAAGCGGCGGCGCGGGGGCCUCAUCGAGCAGCGGGACAUCAUCAAGGCCCACGAGGCACACAAGAUGCAGAGCACCCCGCAGGCGCGGCGCAAGGAGUGGGAGAUGGCUCGCUUCGGGGAGGCGGUGGUCGGCAGGCCGGGGUCGGGCGAUGGAGACUCGGACCAGAGCAGGAACCGGCAAGGAACCCCCGUGCCGGCCUCAGGGCCGGCGGCCGCCUACAAGCAGUCGAAAGCGCAGAGGGCGCGGACUAUGGCUUUGUACAACCCUAUUCCCGUCCGGCAGAACUGUUUCACCGUCAACAGAUCCCUGUUCAUCUUCGGAGAAGAUAACAUUGUCAGGAAAUACGCCAAGAAGCUCAUCGAUUGGCCGCCGUUUGAGUACAUGAUCUUGGCCACCAUCAUUGCCAAUUGCAUCGUCUUGGCCCUGGAGCAACAUCUUCCUGAGGACGACAAGACCCCAAUGUCCCGCAGACUGGAGAAGACAGAACCCUAUUUCAUUGGGAUCUUUUGCUUCGAAGCUGGGAUCAAAAUCGUGGCCCUGGGGUUCAUCUUCCAUAAGGGCUCGUACCUCCGCAAUGGUUGGAAUGUCAUGGACUUCAUCGUGGUCCUCAGUGGCAUCCUGGCUACUGCGGGAACCCACUUCAACACCCAUGUGGACCUGAGGACCCUCCGGGCCGUGCGUGUCCUGAGACCCCUGAAGCUCGUGUCGGGGAUACCUAGCCUACAGAUUGUGUUGAAGUCCAUCAUGAAGGCUAUGGUGCCUCUUCUGCAGAUUGGCCUUCUGCUCUUCUUUGCUAUCCUCAUGUUUGCUAUCAUCGGCUUGGAGUUCUACAGUGGAAAGUUGCACCGAGCAUGCUUCAUGAACAAUUCAGGUAUUCUAGAAGGAUUUGACCCCCCUCACCCAUGUGGCGUGCAGGGCUGCCCAGCUGGUUAUGAAUGCCGGGACUGGAUCGGCCCCAAUGAUGGGAUCACGCAGUUUGAUAACAUCCUUUUUGCUGUGCUGACUGUCUUCCAGUGCAUCACCAUGGAAGGGUGGACCACCGUGCUGUACAAUACCAAUGAUGCCUUAGGAGCCACCUGGAAUUGGCUGUACUUCAUCCCCCUCAUCAUCAUUGGAUCCUUCUUUGUUCUCAACCUCGUCCUGGGAGUGCUUUCCGGGGAAUUUGCCAAAGAGAGAGAGAGAGUGGAGAACCGGAGAGCCUUCAUGAAACUGCGGCGCCAGCAGCAGAUCGAGCGUGAGCUGAAUGGGUACCGCGCCUGGAUAGACAAAGCAGAGGAAGUCAUGCUUGCUGAAGAAAACAAAAAUGCUGGAACGUCAGCCUUAGAAGUGCUUCGGAGGGCAACCAUCAAAAGAAGCCGGACCGAGGCCAUGGCACGGGACUCCAGCGAUGAGCACUGCGUGGACAUCUCCUCUGUGGGCACACCUCUUGCCCGAGCCAGCAUCAAGAGCGCAAAGGUGGAUGGGGCCUCCUAUUUCCGGCACAAGGAGCGACUUUUGCGUAUCUCUAUCCGCCACAUGGUUAAGUCCCAGGUGUUUUACUGGAUCGUGCUAAGCCUUGUGGCUCUCAACACCGCCUGUGUGGCCAUCGUCCAUCACAACCAGCCCCAGUGGCUCACCCACCUCCUCUACUAUGCAGAGUUUCUGUUUCUGGGGCUCUUCCUUCUAGAGAUGUCCCUGAAGAUGUAUGGCAUGGGGCCUCGCCUUUAUUUUCACUCUUCCUUCAACUGCUUUGACUUUGGGGUUACAGUGGGCAGCAUCUUUGAAGUAGUCUGGGCCAUCUUCAGACCUGGUACGUCUUUCGGAAUCAGUGUCCUGCGAGCUCUCCGGCUUCUAAGAAUAUUUAAAAUAACCAAGUAUUGGGCAUCCCUCCGGAAUUUGGUGGUCUCCUUGAUGAGUUCCAUGAAGUCUAUCAUCAGUUUACUCUUCCUCCUUUUCCUCUUCAUCGUUGUCUUUGCUCUCCUAGGAAUGCAGCUGUUUGGGGGCAGGUUCAACUUUAAUGAUGGGACUCCUUCAGCAAACUUUGACACCUUCCCUGCAGCAAUCAUGACUGUAUUCCAGAUCCUGACGGGUGAGGACUGGAAUGAGGUGAUGUACAACGGGAUCCGCUCCCAGGGCGGGGUCAGCUCGGGGAUGUGGUCAGCUAUCUAUUUCAUUGUGCUCACCUUGUUUGGAAACUAUACACUGCUGAAUGUGUUCUUGGCCAUCGCUGUGGACAACCUGGCCAAUGCCCAGGAGCUGACCAAGGAUGAACAGGAAGAAGAGGAGGCCUUCAACCAGAAGCAUGCUCUGCAGAAGGCCAAGGAGGUCAGCCCGAUGUCUGCACCCAACAUGCCUUCCAUCGAAAGAGACAGGAGGAGAAGACACCACAUGUCGAUGUGGGAGCCACGCAGCAGCCACCUGAGGGAGCGGAGGCGCCGGCAUCACAUGUCCGUGUGGGAGCAGCGAACCAGCCAGCUGAGGAGGCACAUGCAGAUGUCCAGCCAGGAGGCCCUCAACAAGGAGGAGGCCCCGCCCAUGAACCCCCUCAACCCCCUCAACCCGCUGAGCCCCCUCAACCCGCUCAACGCGCACCCCAGCCUCUACCGGAGACCCCGGCCCAUUGAGGGGCUCACCCUGGGCCUGGGGCUGGAGAAGUGUGAGGAAGAGCGAGUCAGCCGCGGGGGGUCCCUCAAGGGGGACAGCAGGGACCUGGCGAGUGCCCUGGACAGCCAGAGGAGCCCCCUGGCCCUGGGCAAACGGGAGCCGCCCUGGCUGGCCCGGCCCUGUCACGGGAACUGCGACCCGACCCAGCCGGAGGCGGGCGGCGGGGAGGCGGUGGUGACCUUCGAGGAGCGGGCCCGGCACAGGCAGAGCCAGCGGCGCAGCCGGCACCGCCGCGUCAGGACCGAGAGCAGGGAGCCCUCCUCCACCUCCAGGAGCAGGUCCGCCAGCCAGGAGCGGAGUCUGGAUGAAGCUGUGCCCGGCGAGGGGGAGAGGGACUGCGAGCCCAGGGCUGGCCACGGGGGCGAAGAACCCAUGAUCCAGGAGGAAGAGCGAGAGCGAUCCCAGGACUUACGGAGGACCAACAGUCUGAUGGUGCCCAGAGGCUCCGGGCUGGCAGGAGCCCUGGAUGAGGCCGAUACACUCCUUGUCCCACCCCAGCCAGAGCUGGAAGUGGGGAAAGACGCGGCCCUGACGCAGGAGCAGGAGCCGGAGGGCAGCAGUGAGCAGGCUCUGCUGGGGGACGUGCAGCUGGACAUGGGCCGGGUCAGCCAGAGCGAGCCGGACCUCUCCUGCGUCACGGCCAACACGGACAAGGCCACCACCGAGAGCACCAGCGUCACUGUCACCAUCCCCGACGUGGGCCCCGUGGUGGACUCAACCGUGGUGCACAUCAGCAACAAGACUGAUGGAGAAGCCAGUCCCUUGAAAGAGGCAGAGAUCAGAGAGGAUGAGGAGGAGGUGGAGAAGAAGCAGCAGAAGAAGGAGAAGCGUGAGACAGGCAAAGCCAUGGUGCCUCACAGCUCGAUGUUCAUCUUCAGCACCACCAACCCGAUCCGCAGGGCCUGCCACUACAUUGUGAACCUGCGCUACUUCGAGAUGUGCAUCCUCCUGGUGAUCGCAGCCAGCAGCAUCGCCCUGGCGGCCGAGGACCCCGUCCUGACCAACUCAGAGCGCAACAAAGUGCUGAGGUAUUUUGACUAUGUGUUCACUGGCGUGUUCACCUUUGAGAUGGUUAUAAAGAUGAUAGACCAGGGCUUGAUUCUGCAGGACGGCUCCUACUUCCGAGACCUGUGGAAUAUCCUGGACUUCGUGGUGGUGGUUGGUGCAUUGGUGGCCUUUGCUCUGGCGAAUGCUUUGGGAACCAAUAAGGGCCGGGACAUCAAGACCAUCAAGUCCCUGAGGGUUCUCCGUGUCCUGAGACCGCUGAAGACCAUCAAGCGCCUGCCCAAGCUCAAGGCUGUCUUUGACUGUGUGGUCACCUCCUUGAAAAACGUCUUCAACAUACUCAUUGUCUAUAAGCUCUUCAUGUUCAUCUUUGCUGUCAUCGCAGUUCAGCUUUUCAAGGGCAAGUUCUUCUACUGCACGGACAGUUCCAAGGACACAGAGAAGGAGUGCAUAGGCAACUAUGUAGAUCAUGAAAAAAACAAGAUGGAGGUGAAAGGCCGAGAGUGGAAGCGCCAUGAAUUCCAUUAUGACAACAUCAUCUGGGCUCUGCUGACCCUCUUCACCGUCUCCACAGGGGAAGGAUGGCCUCAAGUCUUGCAGCACUCGGUCGAUGUAACAGAGGAAGACCGAGGCCCAAGCCGCAGCAACCGGAUGGAAAUGUCCAUCUUUUAUGUGGUCUACUUUGUGGUCUUCCCUUUCUUCUUUGUCAACAUCUUUGUGGCUCUCAUCAUCAUCACCUUCCAGGAGCAAGGGGACAAGAUGAUGGAGGAGUGCAGCCUGGAGAAGAACGAGAGAGCGUGCAUCGACUUCGCCAUCAGCGCCAAACCGCUCACCCGCUACAUGCCCCAGAACAGGCACACCUUCCAGUACCGCGUCUGGCACUUCGUGGUGUCUCCAUCCUUUGAGUACACCAUCAUGGCCAUGAUCGCCCUGAACACCGUCGUGCUGAUGAUGAAGUAUUACUCCGCUCCCUGCACCUAUGAGCUGGCCCUGAAGUACCUAAACAUCGCCUUCACCAUGGUGUUUUCCCUGGAAUGUGUCCUGAAGAUCAUUGCGUUUGGCUUCUUGAACUAUUUCCGAGACACCUGGAAUAUCUUUGACUUCAUCACCGUGAUUGGCAGUAUCACAGAAAUUAUUCUGACGGACAGCAAGCUGGUGAACACCAGUGGCUUCAACAUGAGCUUUCUGAAGCUCUUCCGAGCAGCCCGCCUCAUCAAGCUGCUGCGUCAGGGCUACACCAUCCGCAUUUUACUGUGGACCUUCGUGCAGUCCUUUAAGGCCCUUCCCUAUGUCUGCCUUCUGAUUGCCAUGCUUUUCUUCAUUUACGCCAUCAUUGGGAUGCAGGUCUUUGGAAACAUAAAGUUAGAUGAGGAGAGUCACAUCAACCGGCACAACAACUUCCGGAGUUUCUUUGGGUCCCUCAUGCUGCUCUUCAGGAGUGCCACGGGUGAGGCCUGGCAGGAGAUAAUGCUGUCGUGUCUCGGGGAGAAGGGCUGUGAGCCCGACACCACUGCGCCGUCGGGGCAGAGCGAGAAUGAGCGCUGUGGCACCGACCUGGCCUACGUGUACUUCGUCUCCUUCAUCUUCUUCUGCUCCUUCCUGAUGCUCAACCUGUUCGUGGCUGUCAUCAUGGACAACUUUGAGUACCUGACUCGGGACUCAUCCAUCCUGGGGCCUCACCACCUGGAUGAGUUUGUCCGUGUCUGGGCAGAAUAUGACAGAGCAGCAUGCGGCAGGAUCCCGUAUAAGGAUAUGUACAAAUUAGUGCGGGUGAUCUCGCCGCCUCUGGGCCUGGGAGAGAACUGCCCCUACAGGGUGGCUUGCAAGAGGUUGGUCUUGAUGAACAUGCCAGUGGCCGAAGACAUGACCGUCCACUUCACUUCCACGCUGAUGGCUCUGAUCCGGACAGCUCUGGACAUUAAAAUCGCCAAAGGUGGUGCAGACAGGCAGCAGCUGGACUCAGAGCUCCAGAAGGAGACCCUGGCCAUCUGGCCUCACCUGUCCCAGAAGAUGCUGGAUCUGCUCGUGCCCAUGCCCAAAGCCUCUGACCUGACUGUGGGCAAAAUCUAUGCAGCAAUGAUGAUCAUGGACUACUACAAACAGAGCAAGGUGAAGAAGCAGAGGCAGCAGCUGGAGGAACAGAAAAAUGCACCCAUGUUCCAGCGCAUGGAGCCCUCGUCUCUGCCUCAGGAGAUCAUUGCUAAUGCCAAAGCCCUGCCUUAUCUCCAGCAGGACCCCGUUCCAGGCCUGAGUGGCCGGAGUGCAUACCCUUCGAUGAGUCCACUCUCCCCGCAGGAAAUAUUCCAGUUGGCCUGUAUGGACCCAGCUGAUGAUGGACAGUUCCAGGAGCAACAAUCUCUGGAGCCAGAGGUUAGUGAAUUAAAAAGCGCGCAGCCCUCUAACCAUGGCAUCUACCUUCCUUCGGACACCCAGGAGCAUGCGGGCUCUGGGAAGGCAUCCUCUAUGCCACGCCUGACUGUGGAUCCCCAGGUGGUGACAGACCCCAGCUCCAUGAGACGUUCAUUUUCCACCAUUCGCGAUAAGCGUUCGAAUUCCUCGUGGCUGGAGGAAUUCUCCAUGGAGCGAAGCAGCGAAAACACCUACAAGUCGCGACGCCGGAGUUACCACUCCUCCCUGAGGCUGUCAGCCCACCGUCUGAACUCUGACUCAGGCCACAAGUCCGACACCCACCGCUCAGGGGGCAGAGAGCGGGGACGAUCGAAAGAGCGAAAGCAUCUUCUCUCUCCCGACGUCUCCCGCUGCAACUCCGAGGAGCGAGGGACCCAGGCCGACUGGGAGUCCCCGGAGCGCCGUGAGUCCCGGUCUCCCAGUGAAGGCAGGUCACAGACCCCCAACAGACAGGGCACGGGAUCCCUGAGUGAGAGCUCCAUCCCCUCCAUCUCCGACUCCAGCACCCCACGACGAAGUCGGCGGCAGCUCCCACCAGUCCCUCCCAAGCCUCGGCCCCUCCUUUCCUACAGCUCUCUGCUGAGACACGCCGGGAGCAUCUCCCCACCAGCUGAUGGGAGCGAGGGUGGCUCCCCACUGACCUCCCAAGCUCUGGAGAGCAACGACGCCAGCCUGCCCGAGUCUUCCAACCCCCGGCAGGGCCACCCUUCCCCACAGCGCUACAUCUCCGAGCCCUACCUGGCCCUGCACGAAGACUCCCAUGCCUCGGACUGCGGCGAGGAGGAGACGCUCACCUUUGAGGCGGCCGUGGCCACCAGCCUGGGCCGGUCCAACACCAUCGGCUCGGCCCCGCCCCUGCGGCACAGCUGGCAGAUGCCCAAUGGGCACUAUCGGCGGCGGAGGCGCGGGGGGCCUGGACCGGGCAUGACGUGCGGAGCUGUCAGCGACCUCCUCAGUGACACGGAAGAAGACGACAAGUGCUAGAGGCUGCUCCCCCCUCCGAUGCAUGCUCUUCUCUCACACGGAGAAAAACCAAGACCCGAAUUGGGAAGCCAGUGCGGCCCGGGGGGGAGGAAGAGGGAGGAAGGAGCUGGAAGGACACCGCGCAGUUAUCAGAGGAGAGGAAGGGAAGGACAGAAGGCAAACCACUCAAACCCACCAAAUCGCUGUAUUUCCCUUUGCAAGAUGGGCACUGCCAUAGUUCUGCCUCUUUGCUGGGGAAAGAAAAACACAAGAACCACGGAGGGUUACUCCCAGGGGAGAAGGGACACGCGGAUGGCUUUGCCUCCCCUUGCCCCCAUCCCAGUUUUCUACAGCCGUUGGGGGGAAAUCGAGCCAGCCUGUGUCUGUGCGCAUUGCCCUGAGAAGCCCGGGAGACGUUCUGGCUCUUCACCGGGGGAGUCGUGGAGACCCCGGGAGAGGAAUCGCCUCCCUCACCAGCUCUUCCUCCUCAGCCAGCACCACGGCCACCAGGGCCGCCGCGACAGCAUCUCACGCGUUUCCCUGUGGCUUGCUUCCCCGCAAGAAGCACAGGCUAAGUUCAGGAGCAUCGGAUGUCAAGGGUGGGAGGCACAGAGGGAGGAGAGCGGUGAAGGGGAAGGGGUCGGGGUGCCGUGAUGCCGUGAUGGCAGCAGCAAGGGCUGGUCUGAAUGAGCCAAGCCAUAGUCCGGCAGCCCUCACUGUCGAGGCAGGGGCGCUGGUCGCUACAGUCCUGUCUGAGCCUGUCACCCGCUCAGGAGGUGCUGUGUUCAUUAGGAUAGGCUAAGAGGUUCCCCCUAGUCCAGGGAGGUGCCUGAGGCGCUCUGGUGAGGGUGAUAUUCUCAGAGUAUGGAACAGUCGGUGUGGCCAGGACACCAGAUGAUGAGAACAGAGGUCAGCCUUAGCGCUGGCGCCCCAUGCCACAACAGGCCUCAGUCUGGGAGAUGCUGGGCACAGGGGAGCCCUGAGAGGGGGUAAGUGUGGCGGAGGCACUUCAGGGACUCAGCAAGAGUCAGUUUUCCAACCAGUAUGGAGGUAAUUCGGUAUGUGGAGCGGGGCGGCACUGUCUCACACAUACUGGCUGAGUGUCAGCCCAGACUUUGAGCCAGGCCUGUGCUGUGCCAAGGCCAGUGAGCCCCAGUGCCAGGGACCUGGCCACCCCCCUAGAGGGCCACACACACCUAUACAAGGUGGGCUACACGUCACCUGCUAGGGACUUCCGUAGAGAUGAGAAAGGCCAAAACCAGAGACACUUCGAUGAGAGAAUCUGAGUUUACUGAGCUGUUCCUGUGAGGGAGGGACCCUCGGACGGGCAGCUUCUGCAGCUGGUGUGUGGUUGAGGAUCAGUCUGUCAGGAUACUUGAAGGUGAUGAGUAAAUAUACCUCAGCUUAGACCUGGGCUGCUGCUUCUAGCCAAGCAGGCUCCGGUGGGGCCUCAGAAUACAAAGUGAUAGGCCUGGAGCCCCGGGGUCCUGAAUACCCUCCUGGGCGUGACCCCUCCCCGGAGUAGGAGCUGAGCAGAAGACAACCUCAGGACCUUGUUCCUAACCCCCCAAACUCAGAAGCAUUGAGAAAGAGCGCCCUUUCUUGGCCGAUCAGUGCUCCUUUCACUGUAUCGAUUACCCAUUUGGGGACCAUCCCUUUACACCCCUCUCCAGUUCCCCAGCAGCAUCACUACUAGGUGGAAGGAUUUCCUGGAGGCGGGGUACCAGGCAGGGCCCUCCUCCCCCAGCCAGGAGCGGAUGGAGCCUGCCUCCCGGGGCUCUUCCCCGGGGAGACUCAGAGGCUCCCCAGCUGAGAUUACAGUGGAUACUCUUUAUCCUCCUCCAGCCCUGGCAGUCACCUUUUAGGUAGGAGCUGUCGGUGGCUGUUAUUUUUCUUAGGAAAUUGGGGUGGUUUGUUUUGUUUUUUGGCUUUGUUUUGUUGUUAAAAAAUAAGGUAUCAUCGUAUCAGCUCUGAAAAGCCAGAUUCAACGCUGUGGCUGCAAAAUCAUUUCUGAUGGCCCUGCCUUCUGCCCUAGACAGGGAUGGCGCUUCCUGGCCGCAGUCAGCCCCCAACCAAAGUAGUCCCCCCGCCAGGAGACCAGUGAGGCAGACACAUAGGCCACCCGCUCUGAAGCACUGUUUUCCCUUUCCUGUCCGGCUCAGCACACGUGUGCGCCCCGGGGGUCAUUGGGAUUGGGACUGUGUAGCACCCAGACCCUAACAGGCUGGGUUGUAACCUGAGACUCAAGAUGCGGGGCCUUGUGCUAUCUUAAAGGUUUCCUCCGCGCAGUGUCAUUUCCUGCCCAAGUGCUGCUAUUAUGGGCUGCUUUGCACAAAACUGCUUGCUUCCACCUUGGCAAUGCAGCUUUUCCAGCGAGCUCGUCACACUGUGUUUUGAGAAAGGGCGUUGAAAUGACCCCUACGCCAUGGCAACAGGAGACAUGGAGGCUGGCAAAAUUACCAGAAGUGGGAUUUGCCUGCAUACGACAUUACAGACACUGUGUGCUGUGCCAGGAAGCCUUCCUGGACACCUGAAUUCCAACUCACAUCCACAUGAGCACCUGGCCCCAGAGAGGGGGGCAUCGCGCACUGUGGAUGCAGGUCCCUGACCAGCCCCCUGGGCUUUUUUUUAGUACACAUGAACUUACCAAGGCAUCUCUUUUAUUCCACUUCCCCUGACCGAGAAAUCAGGUUCCUUCUCCUUUAGCCUGCAUUUGCCCUUCUGUUAAGACCAGAAAAUAAGACAAUUUUCUCUUAAGUCACGGAACACAUUAGCAUAAUCUUAUAAUGGUUUCCUUCCACCUCUGAAUAAAUAUGAACCCAAACCUUGCCUGUCACAGCCAACCAGGAGAUUCAUUCCUGGGUAUCAGAUUCUGCCUCUUUCCCUUGAGAAGAGGCCCCUUUUGAAUCGCAAAACCUCUGCGCUUCUCUUUGCAUUAAAAAGUAUGGCAGCAUCUUGAAAAAUUCCAAGUGGACCUCCACCUUGCUUGAGGUACACAGCAUGAUCAAGCUUAUUUAGCACUGUAGGUCCCCUCAGAAGAGUCUUUAGCUACAUGUCCAGUUUCCUUUGCUAAUAAGAGUCUUCAGGAUCCCCUCAAAAUAAGAAGGGAGGUGAUGGGGAAAGGAAGGAGGAAAAAAAGGAAAGAGAAGGAAAAGAAACCAAGGCAGAGAGAGAUUCUAACUAGCUUUGUGUAUAGAUACUCCUCUCUUCACUUAAGUUUCCAGACAGACUUCUGGUGGAGAAUUCUCUCUUUAUAUAUGUACUGUCCCUCUGCCAAUCUCAGUCACCGAGGGGGCCAAGUGCCAGCAGACCUUCAGACAAGGGGGUAGAGCUCUAGGCCAAGGUGCCCUGUGGGCUGGAGUCAGGAUAGAAUCCCCUACAUUGUGAAGGGACGGUACCCUUGAGGGUCCCCCACACUCAAUGUGAACCAUGAACACUGCUGCCCAAUGUGGGGCUGUGUCCUCCUCUAGCUGAGGAAUCUGUUUCUAUUCUGGGUUUUGCUUCUCCCCUUCAGUGUUCCUGAGGUUCUGAGAUCCCUAAUACUACUAGUUCUAUGAAGCUGAACUCUAGAUCUUCUGGUUUUGCCUUCCCUUGACAGGGAUCACAAGGAGAAGACCCCAUGUUCCACCACCUGGUCAGCACGCAUCCUUUAUACCCAUCCUCUUUCACAUGGGCUUUAUGAUGAGCCUGGGUGUCCUCCCAGCAGAGCCCCCAUCUUGCCACAUAUUAGCAGUGACACAGCUCCCAAGAAGGUUUUGUGUGUGUGCUUACUUGGCUCAGUCAUGUCAGACUCUUUGUGACCCCAUGAACUGUAGCCUACCAGGCUCCUCUGUCCAUGGAAUUCUCUAGGCAGGAAAACUGGAGUGGGUAGCCAUUCCCUUCUCCAGGGGAUCAUGUUAAGUCCACCCAGUCCAAGCUUAUCUGCUGACCUAGCUGCUUCUGCUGGGCUCUCUGCCUUUUCAAGCAUGCUUGAGUCGCAUGAAAUACAGUCAGGGACUCACCUGGUGAUUAUUCCUGAGAUGAUCUAAAACAGUAUGAGCUGUAGAACUGCUGGUGUGUAUGAGAUGUCCACAUACUCGACGAAUGCCCACUGCAGGGAAAUGAGGUCUCUUCUGGAAUAAUGAACAAAAUUGAAUAAUUCUGAUGUUUUAAGAAAAUUUGCGUUUUUUUUUUUUUUUUUUUUUUUUUUACUACAUCCUUAUUUCUAAAGCCUGCUCUGGAUGUCUCAUUUUUGGACAGAAUAUUUCUUUAGUGGAUCAUGCCAGGGAUAAAUUGAAAAAUUUUUUAAUUUCUUACCUCAUCUUAUGAGUGGAGAAGGCAAUGGCAACCCACUCCAGUACUCUUGCCUAGAGAAUCCCAUGGACGGAGGAGCCUGAUAGGCUGCAGUCCAUG